AUGGAGUUUAAGAGUGGAAAUACCCAACUUCUAUCCAAACUAGCAUCCAGCGAUCAGCAUGGAGAAAAUUCUCCAUAUUUUGAUGGAUGGAAAGCAUAUGAUAAUGACCCUUUUCAUCCUACUCAAAACCCUAAUGGAGUUAUCCAAAUGGGCCUCGCUGAAAAUCAGCUUUCCUUCGACUUGAUUGAGGAAUGGAUUAAGAAAAAUCCCAGAGCGUCAAUCUGUACUCUCGAAGGAGUUAACGCGUUCAAAGACAUUUCCAUCUUUCAAGAUUAUCAUGGCUUGCCGGAAUUCAGAAAUGCCGUGGCGAAGUUUAUGGAAAAGGUGAGAGGCGGUAGGGUUACCUUUGUUCCCGACCGAAUAGUGAUGGCCGGUGGAGCCACCGGAGCUAAUGAGCUGUUAAUGUUUUGUUUGGCUGAUCCUGGAGAUGCAUUUUUGGUCCCUUCACCUUAUUAUCCAGCAUUUGAUAGGGACUUGAGCUGGAGAACUGGGGUGAAACUACUUCCUGUUGCGUGCAAAAGCUCGAAUAAUUUCAAAAUUACGGUACAAGCACUCGAAGAGGCAUAUAAGAAUGCUAAGAAAGCUAACAUCAAAGUGAAAGGCCUCAUAAUGGCAAAUCCGUCGAAUCCAUUAGGUACCACGAUGGACAAAGACACACUGCGAAGCCUGGUAACAUUCAUAAAUGAAAAGGAAAUUCAUCUAGUGUGUGAUGAAAUAUAUGCAGCCACGAUUUUUCGUGCUCCAAAUUUCGUUAGUAUCUCCGAAAUAAUUGAAGAAAUGCAAUGCAAUCGUGAUUUAAUUCACAUUGUCUAUAGUUUGUCGAAGGACAUGGGCCUUCCCGGGUUCAGGGUGGGCAUAGUGUACUCGUACAAUGAUACAGUUGUAAAUUGUGGACGAAAAAUGUCGAGCUUUGGAUUAGUCUCAUCCCAAACACAACAUCUGCUAGCAGCAAUGUUGGCAGACGAGGAAUUCGUUGAAAUGUUUUUAGCAGAAAGCUCGAGAAGGCUUGGAAACAGGCACAAGAUCUUUACCAGGGGACUUGAAGAAGUUGGAAUAAAAUGCUAUCUUUCGUUACGACCGGAAAAGACCUGGAUGGAUUUGCGUCCAUUGCUCAGUGAGCCUACAUUUGAAGGUGAAAUGGCACUAUGGAGAGUAAUAAUCAACGACGUAAAGCUCAAUGUCUCUCCAGGAUUAUCGUUUCAUUGUGUAGAGCCAGGGUGGUUUAGGGUUUGCUUUGCAAAUAUGGAUGAUGAGACAACGGAAAUUGCUCUUCAAAGAAUUCGAACUUUUGUGGGAGAAAGAAAGGAAAUAGACACACAGGAAAAGAAUAAGCGAUAUAAGAAGAUUUGUUAA